UGUUGUCCAACAGGCUAGACUGCCUGCACUGCCUGCAACCGACUUUGGAUAGGAUCAGCUGUUUGUGUCUGCUUACAUGCGUAAAUGUGUGGCCCACUGUUUUUGUGGGUGUUUCCCUGACGUUCCCUCCGCAACACUUUCACGCAAUCAAACACCCGAGUGACUUUAGGACCCAGUGAGAGACACCCUGGGGGCGCGGCAAUAUUUUUAAUCUGACCACAGAACCUGUUAGCUUACUCUUGCUUCCUCUAAGACAAAUCAGUCGUUCCCUCACAAUAGUUCCUUGAUGUGAGAGUAGCAAUAGAGAAGUGCUCUGAGUAACAGCAGCAGCAGAAGUGCCACAGCCCUGGACCUAAGCCGCGACAACUCAACUCCAUGACCUGUGGACAAGGACCUUUGUGUCCUGACAUGCCUGUGAAAGGUGUCCAAUCCCAGGCAGUGUACAGCCAGCAAUGGAGCAGCAGGCCUGGAUACUGAGGAGCUUCCUGGCUCAGCUGGAGAGACAGGAGGCUGUUGACAAGGAGGCACCGAGUGGCAUUGCCGGGGAGUUUGCGAGGUUGAAAAGUCAGUCAACAAAGUACCGCACUGACAAGACCUACCCCACCAAGGCAGCAGAAAAGCAGGAAAACAUCAAGAAGAACCGAUACAAGGACAUUCUUCCCUUCGACCACAGCAGAGUAAAGCUCACUCUCACCACAGCUAAAAAUGACACAGACUACAUCAACGCCAGUUUCAUCAAGGGCGUGUCGGGUUCCAGGGCUUACAUUGCUACUCAGGGUCCUCUGCCACACACAGUAGUGGACUUCUUGAGGAUGCUUUGGGAAUACAACAUACAGGUCGUAGUGAUGGCCUGUCGAGAAUUUGAGAUGGGAAAGAAAAAGUGUGAGCUCUACUGGCCUCAGUACCAAAAGGAGUCAUUUGUUUGUGAACCUUUUACAGUUUACUGUGAUUCUGAGGAAAAGAAAGGAGACUAUCUGUCAAGGACAUUAAGGUUGACUCAUCGCAAUUCUAGCCGAACUUUGAAGCAGCUUCACUAUGUCAACUGGCCAGAUCACGGUGUCCCAGACUCCAUCCCUCCCAUUCUGGACAUGUUGCAUGAGAUGCGCUCCUAUCAAGUCCAUGAUGACAUCCCCAUCUGUAUCCACUGCAGUGCUGGCUGUGGUAGAACAGGAGCCCUCUUGGCCAUUGAUUAUACCUGGAAUCUCCUCAAGAAACAGGCCAUCACUUCAGACUUCAAUGUCUACGACUUAGUUCAAACCAUGAGAACCCAGAGGCCCUCUGUGGUUCAAACCAAGGAACAGUAUGAGCUCGUCUACAGAACCAUCAAGUUACUGUUUCAGAAACAUUUGCAGUCCAUGGAUGCACAAAUCUGCCAAAAUGAGGUGACAAUGGUCCGGUCUGCUAUCACACCUUCCAUCACUGAAAGUGAGUUAUGUGACCUGCACGAGGAGUUGGAUUUGAUGCCACAGUUCCAGCACCUGCUCGACGAGGAGAGGGAUGUUCUACCACAGCACCUCACUCCUUUACCGUCUGCUUCAGAAAAUUUAAUUGCACAACAAUGGCAACUACUCCAGACCCUUCCUGAGGAUCUGGCCAUGAUCCAGGACCUCAGUGAGGGACUCUGGACCUCACCUAAACUGGUGGAUACAAACCAAAGAGUCCCUGUAGACGAAGAGAGGAUACCGGAGAGUAAUGACACACCAUCACGGAACCGUUCGCCUUCACCGGCUGUGGCAGCAGCCAUUUGUCUGAUGGUGGAGGACCCCUACUUUGACACUCCUAUGAACUCCCCUUUGUCAGGGGAGGCACCUAUGGAAGAAGACUUCAAACAAUGGACAGUCAGUCCUGUCUUCAGCUCACCCUCAUUGUUUCUGAAUGACCACAGCCUGGAGCUCAACUCUACUGCCUCAGAUACUAUUAAAGCUCAUACUGAUGGGGAAAGGCCCCCUCCUCUACCUGAACGAACCCCAGAGUCCUAUGUGCUGGCUGCGGAUGAAGAUCCCUUUGAAAGAUUAUCAGUUAUCAUUCCACCCAAUGCUGCAGCUGAGGCUGUCAGGGAGUUGGGAGGCAGCCCCCCAUCACCUGUCCCCCCACUUCCAGAGCGAACCCCAGAAUCAUUUGAGUUGGCUGUUGAUCAAGCUCCUGUGGAGCAAAAGUCAGCGGUCACGGCGGCAGUAAACCUGAGCAGAAUAGGACUGUCUUCAGAAUGGUCUGGUGACUCAAAGCCAGCUACAUCUGAGGAUGAAACGAAACCUUUUGUGAGGAGUAAGAGUCUGAGGGCACAAAUGACCUUCACAGCUCUACCACCACAAAAACAUCUUGAUCUCGCACCAAAUACAACUUCAAACUUCCACAACUACUCUCUGCCACUGGACUCGCUGACUACUCCACAGCUACCACAAGAUGAGGACAGACUGACGCCUCCCAUUCCAGAGAGAACCCCAGAAUCCUUCAUUCUCACCACAGAAGAGAUUCAUGAGAAAAAACCCCUUUGCCCGCAGCCCUUAGAGACGCCACAGCCCUUGUCGAGGGUGGGAACGUCGUCUGAGUGGGAUGGCGCCUGUCAGCCCAAGAAGUUCCUCGAUGUUGUCAUGAGCAGGAGCAGGAGUGUUCGAGCUAAAGGUUCAAGACAAGUAUCCCUCAGUGCAGUCGUGCAGCUCGCUCCACCCCCUGUGGUCACGGCUGGAGGAGGAAGUGCAGUGGAACAACAUGAAGUGAACCACGGGCCCUCGCUGAACACUGAGAUAUCAGGAAACAAAUCAGACAAAAGCAACGACAAGUGCAUGUCGAGAACAAAGAGUCUGAAAUUUUUUAGACACAAAUCAAAACCUAAAACAGCACCGCCACCUCCUCCUGCUCAACCUGGAGCACCAUCGCAGUCAAAUAGUGCCUCAUCUUCAGUGUUCAGAUUUGGAUUUGGGAACCGUUUUGGAAAACCAAAAGGCCCCAGGACUUAUCCGGAGACCUGGCUCUGAGGCAGUCACUUCUCUCCAAAUGUCACAAGUGAAGCUUCUCAUGAAGGUCAAAAUGAUAUGUUGCAUUGCUCAUGUGAUCUUGUACACAGCAAGGACCGGAAAAAGCACUGAAAGCUGCCUCUCUUUGUCUCAGGAAGAACUAACAGUCAAAAGUAGCACAGUCACACACACAGCAGAGAACAAACAACAAGUGCCUUGUUACGUGCUCUGAUCUGUUUUGUAGAAUUUAUGAACCGAGGCUGAUUUUAAUUACCGACCUGGGCCUCAUCCAACAGCAUGGACAGCCACCCAGACCCAGGACUUGAACAUUUAAAACCUCAGGAGCCUCAGCCUCUUGAAAAAUAUUAGCUUGCAGAAGUGGACAGCCUGCAGAGAGAAUGUUUUACACUUCUUGUUUUAAUGCUCAAAGCAAUGCUGUUAAACUUGGUGUACGAGGAAUGUAUUUAAAUGUGUAUGUCUGCCUUUGUGCUUUCGGAAUAGGGAAAAAAAAACAAAAAAACGGGUAUAGGAUUGCUUGUACUUCUUCACCACGUCAGUUUUUUCUGUUAUGAAGACAACAGACUUCACAUCACUGUGUACCACGCGUUACAUUUAGUUGCUGCAAUCCACCUAUAUAUUAAAAAGCAUCAGCAGCACCUUGAGCUGAUAUCUUCAGGUACAAAGAAUGUAAUGUAAAUCAAAUAUGCAUAUGAUGCAAUGGUACAGUUAAACUGUAUAACAUACACUGGUUACACAUGAAAUUAUUUAUUAAAAAAUACUGAAAUU